CAGUUCCACCCCUUGUGUGUCGAGCACAACAAUCCUCUUAGAAAAUAGUGAGCACCUCCCCCUGGUCUCUCUCCCUCUUGCGCGUCCUUUUAUGUCACUCGGCUUCAGUCCUUACCUUCCCCGAGAUUCGCUCUGCACUAGUUAUCCACCUGAUCUCUCCCGUAUCAGGAGCCCAACACGCUUCCUAUCCGGCUCAGCUGUCCUCAUCGGAUAUUUCUCCUCUCCGUUUUCUGUUUCUAUCGCUCCAAGUAGACUAGAUCGAUGCCAACAAUCUGACCCGACUGAGAAAGGAUUUCUCUCACAGGAGCAUGAGAAGGACUGCUAAAUCAUCUACAAUCCAGUUUCCAAGAUUGGGUUACCAGCAUGAGCACUGGAAGCACAAGAAUCAGCAGUAUAAGUUUUUCGGUGACAUAUGAAAUUACCGGCGGCAGAUCCUAGUCAAAGAGGAGAAUCAAUUUUAGGUGUCCACGGAAUGGAGCAAGAAUGAGCAGAGAGUGGCUGAAAGAAAAGCAUGAACUGGAGGUUUAUUGAGUUCAUCUGCUUCCUGUUUAUAUGGGACCAUAUAGCAGUUCAGUGUUCCCGUCAAGAUCCAUCUGUUGCCGAGCAACAUGUCUCCAAGCAAUUUGAUUGGCUCAUCUCUGACCGCGGGCCUUUCCACCAUUCUCGGAGUUACCUCUCCUUUGUGGAAAGAUACCGUCAAGGAUUUACAACCAGAUAUAAAAUUUAUAGAGAAUUCGGACGCUGGAAGGUGAGGAACACUGCCGUAGAGAGGAGGGACCUGCUCCGGCACCCGCUUCCACUGAUGCCCGCGUUCCAGCAGAGCGUGAGGCAGCUGGGCCGACGUCCCUCCACCCAGCAGUUUAUCGACACCAUCAUCAAGAAAUACGGCACCCACAUCCUUGUCUCCGGCACUCUGGGAGGUGAGGAGGCACUGACCAUGUACAUGGACAAGAGCAAACUGGACAGGAGGAUGGUGAAUGCAACUCAGGGUGUGGAGGCCUUACAUCAGCUCGCAUCCUCCUAUUUCAUAGACAGGGAUGCGGCCAUGAGAAAACUCCAUGAGAUACAGAUUUCCACCAAUGCUAUUAAGGUCACAGAGACACGCACAGGCCCGCUGGGAUGCAGCAGCUACGACAACCUGGACUCUGUCAGCUCCGUCCUCCUGCAGAGCCAAGAGAGCAAGCUACACUUGCAAGGUCUCCAGGUAAUUUUCCCUGAAUAUCUCCAAGAGAAGUUUGUGCAAUCUGCACUCAGCUACAUCAUGUGCAACGGAGAAGGCAAGUAUGUGUGCCGUGACAGCCAGUGCAUCUGCCAGUGUGAUGAAGAGUUCCCACAAUGCAACUGCCCAGUCACCGAUAUCCAGAUCAUGGAAAAUUCCCUGCAUGGAAUGAUGGAUACAUGGGCUAACACAUAUAAGGACUUUGAGAAUUCAGAUGAAUUCAAGUCAUUCCUGAAGAGGCUGCCUUCAGCUCACUUCCUUUCUGUGAACAGUGUGCACCUGCUGUGGGGGAAUGAUUGGGACCUGCAGGCUCGCUAUCGACAACUGCAGAGCUCACUGGAGGUGCAGCGUUUGAAGAUCCAGCGUGCUGCGCGCAAGCUCUAUGGCCUUAGCAUCCGCUGUUACCAUAACCCUAACCACCAGAUGCCUCGAGAAAGAUCCCUUUUGCAGUGGCUAAACAUAGUUCAGUCCUUUCUAUACUGUAAUGAAAAUGGAUUCUGGGGGACUUUUUUGGAGAGCCAGCAGACCUGCGUGUGCCACACAGGGGUCAACCUUUGCCAAAGACCUGUCCCCUGUGUCAUCGGGGGAAACAACAGCUGCGCCAUGUGCAGCCUGGCCAACAUCUCGCAGUGCGGCUCCUGCAAUAAGGGCUACAAGCUCUACCGCGGCCGCUGCGAGCCCCAGAACGUGGACUCAGAACGCAGUGAACAGUUUAUCAGCUUCGAGACAGACCUUGACUUUCAGGACCUGGAGCUGAAGUACCUGUUGCAGAAGAUGGACUCACGGUUAUACAUACACACCACCUUCAUCAGCAAUGAAAUCAGACUAGACACUUUCUUCGAUCCGCGUUGGCGAAAGCGGAUGUCCCUCACGCUGAAGAGCAACAAGAACAGGAUGGACUAUCUCCACACGAUUAUCGGGCUCUCCAUGAAGAUCUGCCAGGUCCGCAACAGCAGCAUUGACCCAAUGUUCUUUGUUUAUGUCAACCCUUUCAGCGGAAGCCAUUCAGAAGGUUGGAAUAUGCCUUUUGGGGAACAUGGAUAUCCCCGUUGGGAGAAGGUACGGCUCCAGAAUACGCAGUGUUUCAAUUGGACUCUACGUCUGGGAAAUCGCUGGAAAACCUUUUUUGAGACUGUACACAUUUACUUGCGCAGUCGGACAAAGCUUUCUACCACUCUGCGCAAUGAUACUGGGCAGGGACCAGUUGACUUAUCUGACCCCAACAAGAGGCAAAUAUACAUCAAGAUCUCAGAUGUGCAGGUGUUUGGCUAUAGCCUGCGGUUUAAUGCAGACCUGCUCCGCAGCGCUGUCCAGCAGGUCAACCAGUCCUACACUCAGGGCACACAGUUCUACUCUUCAUCCUCUGUCAUGUUGCUACUCUUGGACAUCAGAGACCGGAUCAAUCGCCUGGCACCACCUGUGGCCCCCAACAAGCCGCAGCUGGACCUCUUCUCCUGUAUGCUAAAACAUCGACUGAAGCUCAACAGCAGUGAAAUGAUCCGUGUCAAUCAUGCACUGGACAUGUAUAACACAGAAAUUCUGAAACAGUCUGACCACCUGACAACCAAACUCUGUUAAAAGAAAGUUAAUUAUAUAAACACAGAAAUAAACAUGGAAAUAUCUUUCAUGUUAAUUGAGGAGUACUUUUUAGAAUGUGCUUUCCUCUUUUUCAUGUAAAAAAAAAUUUGUAAAUGUAAUUAUUUGACAAUACUAAAAAUAGCUGGAGAAUUAAGAAAAGAAAUCAUUUAGCAGUGUAAUAUAAUUGUUGAGCAUGUCUGUUAUUUCCUAAAAUGGAUAUAAAGGACAAAUUAAACAUCUGGUGAAUAAGAGGCCUUGAAUUUAUGUUUAUUUAAUGAGUUAAAUCUUUUUUAAGUGUUCUUAACUCAAAGAAGAAAUUAUAUAUUUUAGGAACACUAUUUCAUGAGUAUACAUUCUUAAAGGGGAAUUAUGCCAACUUUUAAUAAUGUGAUUCUUCCUAGCUAGCAAAUAAAUGCUACAGUAUGAGAAUCACUUCUUUAAGUUUUUCCUAAAGUGGGCAUCACAAUGAGCAGUUUCAUACAAUUUCCUGGGAGAAUUUUAUUAUUUUCCAUUUUAUGCACUAACUUUUUAUAGCUCCAAGGAUUACUGGGAAACAAUAUUUUGAACUAGAAAUUGUUGGGGGAGCUAAUUUAAUGUAAAUAUCAUAUCAUGCCAUCUUAUCAUUAAGUAAUAUAAAUGCAAUGUAGAUUAUUCUGACUAUUAAUAAAAUGGAUACAUUGAUUUAUAGAAGAUCGUAUGGUAUACAUAACCCAGGUUAUACCAAGGAAAUCUUACAAUGUACACAAUGCGUAAUUAUUUUCUGUCCAUUGAGGAAAAACUAAAAUGCAAAUGGCAGUGAAAAAUCUUUUUGCUGUGUAUCUAUGGUCAUUUGGGUAUGUAGCGCAUCACCUGCUGAAAUUCUCCUUUACUAUGAAGAGGUUCAAGGGUGUAACAGAUUUUAAACAAGUUUUAUAUUUGAAUAUCUUGGGUGUGCUAUUCAAGUUAGCUUCACACUGAUAAGCCUUCCAUUGAACAGGUCAGUUUUCUGAAAGCUGAUAAUAUACAAUUAAACGUAUAAAGGCACCCUUUCCCCAUCUAAUCCCCUUGCAUGUUUCAGUUGUGGUGUUACUAUGUUACUUUGUCACAAAUAUGCAAUAUUUACAGUUGUAACUCUGAAGAUAUCCAAUUAUCUCUAAUACUGGGGCCAGACAAUGAAGUAAUUUAAUUGUCAGUUUAUUUGGGCAAACACAAAUCCAAAUGAGCAAACAUAUGGUUCAGCCUUUAAAAUCAAAUCAUGCAAAACCAUAUUCAAACGGCUCUCUUGGUUGCUAAUCUACAGAUGACUAUUUUGCUUUGAGAUUAUUCUAGUAGUGAAGCUUGCUAACAAGUAUCCAUGAUUCAAAAAUUGAUAUUCAUGAGAUGUUUUGUAUGAUUAAUGCAAAAAUAAUUAGAAAAGAAUGUAUUACUGCAUUUGCAUUAUGAAGCUAGUAUGCAUUAAUUACCUAAAAUCUUUGGUUAUGGAUCACAAAAUAAAUUUUUUUGUAGUGUUACCCACCAGAUUUCAUUAUCCAAAUAUGAAUUACUUAACAUUUAAUAGAAUGUAAAAGAUUUCUAAGAUAAUACAUUCUCUUGAAAUAUGAAUGCAAAAUAUUGAAAACCAUUCUGCAAAUAACCUACAACUGAUGUCAGUUGCAAUUAUCACUCGAAAAACAUCAAAAUGUUGGAAAGCUGUUACACCCUUUCUAUGCUAGAAUGAUUAAAAUUAUGUCACAUUGAUAGGUUAAUCAUAAUCAUAGAACUGCUGAUUUUUAUUAUUUUUUUUCCUGUAUUAAAUUAAGUAUAGGGUGUCUAUAUUUUUUAAAGGUGUCCACAACCCCAAUAUUCUGCAACAAAUCAUCUAACAAUUUCAUCAAAGAAGAAAAAUAUCUUGGUUUGGUUAAUGCAAUUACUGCAAAGUGGUGGGACAUGAUGAGACUGAGUAAUUCUAGGUGGCCAUCAAAUUCAAAUUCAACAUUUUUUCAGAGACUGGAUACUAAGGCCUGAAUCUUGACAAUGAAGGUUACUCUUUCAUUGCGUUAUCAUCAUACAUCAUACAAAUAUCAGUUACUUGAGAAUUGAUAGAACAAAAAAAAACAAUUCUGUCAAUGAUUACUCAAAAUAAUACCUUCUCUUGAAGUGUGAACGCAAAACACUGAAUCGUUUUGACAUAUUGAAGCUACCCCCCCCCCUCCCCAACUAGGCACAUGGUUAAGUAGUAAAAGUAAGUGGGUGAACCCCACCACAAAUUUGCACUGGCUUUUCAGCUGGCAAAAUCUAACAGAGUUGACGCCCCCACCAGAGAAACCUAUGGAGAGGGACCCUGGACAGUCCACCCCAUGGUCAGCAAAUCUACCAUGGGGGACCUAUCUGUAGAGUUGCUGGACCCCCCAAAAAAUUAUUUUCGGCUACAGGACUGCUGGUGAUGAAAUUAAAAAUAAGAAAAACAAUAUAUCACAAAUUAGCAAGGAAUAAAUGCAUUAAUGAAACAAUUACAGUUUGAAAUUAACCUUAAUAUCUUGGAAAUUCCAAAUAUAUAUAUUUGAAUGUAUAGAAACUUAUUUAUAUCUUUAUGUUAUUGCAGCUGGUGAAGGUACAGUAACAGUAACUUCUGAAACUUGGAUGACAUCAAAUGUAUUCAUGAUUUUAAGUAGUACAAUGGGAGGUACAGUAAAUGUAUUACAGAAUGCAGCUGCGAGCGCUUUAAGGUAUUUUGACAUGAUAUAUGAUUAAGUGCCUGUUACUCACUCCUUUAAUAAUUUAUUGGAAGACCAAAAGAUGUCUCUAUCUGGUGUUCCUCCAGGAGAAAUCACAGUGAGCCCAGAUUAAUAUUAGAUUAUGCCAGAAAUGGAGGGAAAGAGUUAUUAUCUUAUUCUCAAGUGGUUCAAUCAAAAUUUUAUAUAAAAAGUCCUGAGCAAUGCUUCAGUGUCUUCCAAUCUGUGAAGGCAAAUUUUGUAGCAAUUUAUUGUAAUGUGCAUGUGUAAAAGCAUUCUUAAUAUAAGAUCAUUGAAAAUAAUGCAAACAUAUUAUACAAACAUAAUAAAAUAGGUUUUUUAAAAAACUGGUAAUUUAUACAUGUCCUUGUAUAAUCGCAAAUGCCAGGCUUUUAAAAUUCUUAUAUUUACCAGAAUGAAAGGCAUCUUAACAGCAUUACUUUAGGAAAAAAAAUAGAAUUCUCCCCCUGAUUUUUCUUUCAAUCUUGAAAUGUUUUUACUGCAGUGUACAAAUACAGAUUCUACUGUCUCGAAAUCUCACGGACAAUACACUCCAUCGUGUGGCAGGACCUGAGAGCCUUCAUCCUGGCAAAAUAUUCUUUAAAUGUAUUAAUUUACAUAAUUUAAGUGUAUUUACAUAUACAAGAAUAAGAUCCUUGUACAAUUGCAACAGUUACAUAUAUGAAUAUAUUUAAACUGAAUUUUUAAAAGGAAAAUCUAAUGUCAUAGCUAUCAGUAACUUGUCCUUGUAGUUUUUGCUGUUCUGUUCAUCAUGGUAGUACUGUACAUUUCUUCAAAUAAAUGUUUCAAAAUACAGUUCUUUCAUUUCUCAUUACAAUGCCAUUGUGAAUAAAGAACAGUGUGGUCUUGGGAGGGAGCGUCAGGUUAUUUAUUUUUUCCACCUGUUCCACAUUCUGUGUAAUGUUGAGACUUCCUGUCUUUCUGGUUUUAUUUUCAUGUUUACUUACUUUCCUAAACCU